GUGUGCCGUUAGGGGGCGAUGUAAGCCGUCCUUGCCACUACGGUAACAUGGCCGACUGAUGUAAGCCAUUGUGAAUUUCAGCCUCAGCUAGGGUUUAUAUUCCAUCUGCUGAGCGUAAACGCAGUAGCUGCUUGUCGUCCAAAACAAAGAAUGCUGGUAUCGGUGACUAUUUGAUCGGAAAGAACGAAAGGUCAAUUUGUCGGUUUGCGGACUCGAACCCACAUGUUCGGAUCCGAGCAUGGAGGACUCUGUACGCGGGUGAUCAGCCUUUGCCACCAAAAUGUAGUCCUUUGACGGCCUACCCGGUGAGCACUUUAACCCUUCUACCAUUGCUACUGGUGCCAUGUAAUUUUUUUUUAAUACAUGUUCUUAUUUUCAGAAGUAUUAGUUGUUUCAUAGUGAGCCAGGGCGCCACGUUCUACUUAGCAACUUAGCAUUAGCCGUGUGCUAGCAUGAGCGAUGACAUUGGCCAUGGAUGAAAUGUAACUUUUAAGCACAAAUACAAAUGUCACUAGCUUGUGUUUACUGGUUGAAACAUUGCCGACCGAAGAGGCGUAUCGCUCGUAGUAUUAUUUGUUUUACCUUGUCUCUUUUAGACCACUGUCUCAACAAGUAGACGUACGACGCGUAGAAUUGUCAGAUAGCUCAACGAUGUUUGGCUUGUUCGCUCGAACAUAUGACAAAGCAUUAUCCUCUUGACUUUCCAUCCAUCUAUUUCUACCACUUGUCCCACUUGGAGUUGCGAGGGGUGCUGCAGCCUAUCCCAGCUUCACCUGGACGGAAGGCAUUGUACACCCUGGACAAGUCGCCCCUCAUCGCAGGGCCAACACAGAUAGACAGACAACAUUCACACUCACAUUCACACACUAUGGCCAAUUUAGUGCGGCUAAUUCAAAGUUAUGCUCAAAAUAAACAUUUGGUCUGCGUAAAACGAAUAACAAAAAAAGCUAUUUCAUUUAUUUUGUAAAAAAAAGUUGACUGUAAUUGACCGCUGGGACUGAAGGUGUCUAAUACACUCACGGGACACAACAUUAGGUACACUGGUACUAUUCACACAAGCACUUGCAGCUGCAUCUAAAGUUUGGCCGCAGACUAAACAUGCAUCCUUCCAUUUUUCUACCGCUUGUCCCACUCGGGGUUAGGUUGGAGCCUAUCCCAGCUGCACCCGGGCGGAAGGCAUUGUACACACAUGUCGCCACUAUUAGAAACAUUUUUCAAUAUUAUACUGUAAAGUUGUUGCCCACUGCAGACUACAACCACAAUGAUACAGUUAUUGUUCAUUAUAGUCAUUGUUGUAUUUGUAAAUGCAAAGACGACGUAAAUUUGUUACCACUUUCAACUCAUUCUCCAUCCAUUUUUCUACCGCUUGUCAUUUACUGGUCGCUGGAGCUUAUCCCAGCUGCACCCGGGCAAAAGGCAUGGUACACCCUGGACCAGUCGCCACUAUUAGUAACAAAUAGUUGUAUAGUGCUUUUCUACCUUCAAUGUACUCAAAGCGCUUUGACACUAUUUCCACAUUCACCCACACAUUCACAAACUGAUGGCGGGAGCUGCCAUGCAUGGCGCUAACCACAACCCAUCAGGAGCAAGGGUUAAGUGUUUUGUUCAGGGACACAACGGACAUGACUAGGUUGGUAGAAGCUUGGGAUCGAACCAGGAACUCUCCGGUUGCUGGCAUGGCCACUCUCCCAACUGUGCCACGCCACAAGUUGUUGACCACUGCAAACUAUAACCACAAUAAUAGAGUUAUUGUUAGUUAUAGUCAUUGAUAUCUUUGUAAACGCAAAGACAACGUAAAUUUGUUACUAUUUUCAACUCAUUGUCCAUUUAUCCAUCCAUUUCCUACCGCUUGUCCCACUUGGAGUUGCGGGGGUGCUGGAGCCUGUCCCAGCUGCACCCGGGCUAGAGGCAUGGUACACCCUGGACAAGUCGCCACUAUUAAAAACAUUUUUCAAUAUCAUACCGUAAAGUUGUUGCCCUCUGCAGACUACAACCACAAUAAUACAGUUAUUGUUCAUUACAGUCAUUGUUAUAUAUGUAAACGCAAAGACGAUGUAAAUUUGUUACCAUUUUCAACUCAUUCUCCAUCCAUCCAUCCAUUUUUCUACCGAUUGUCACUUACAAGGUUGCUGGAGCCUAUCCCAGCUGCACCCGGGCAAAAGACAUGGUACACCCUGGACCAGUCGCCACUAUUAGAAACCAUUUUCAAUAUGUAAAUGUGUUAUACUUGCAUAGUGCUUUUCUACCUUCAAGGUACUCAAAGCGCUUUGACACUAUUUCCACAUUCACCCACACAUUCACAAACUGAUGGCGGGAGCUGCCAUGCAAGGUGCUAACCGCAACCCAUCAAGAGCAAGGGUUAAGUGUUUUGUUCAGGGACACAACGGACGUGACCAGGUUGGUAGAAGCUGGGGAUCGAACCAGGAACUCUCCGGUUGCUGGCACGGCCAUUCUCCCAACUGCGCCACACCAGCAGCAGCAGAGCCAACGUGAGAAGAUACAUGUUCUACACAUGUGGAGACAUCUGAGAAGAUCAUGAAGGAAACCCCGCCGGUAGAUGCUGAUGACCCUAAGCAAGGUGGAAAGACGCCAUCGACGUCCUUGUUUGAUUUAACACCCAGCUCGAGAGGUCGCCAACGCAGGAAAAACUCCAGAUUUUCAGACUACGACACCAGUGACAUCUACGAAAAUGAAGCGCAAAGUGAAAAGGAGAUUUCUGCUACAAAGAGUCUGGAAAAGAAGGCGACUCCCAAAAAGACACCUGCCAAGCGAGGACGACCGAGGAAGGUCCAGCUGCCAAGCGUGGACGAACAAGCAGCGUCUGAAUCGCCUUCAGUGCCGGAAGCAAAAGGGACUCCUUUAAACAAUACUCCAGCUACAGCAAAUGAUUGCGCCUCUCCUGCACCGGGAGACCCUUUGGAGAAUGGGACGCCGAAGCCAAAGAGGAAGUACUUGAAGAAACAGCGAGUCGAGGUGGAACCAGUCACACACUCUCCACGUGAGAGGAGUCCAGAAGUACCUGAGGAGGAGGUACUGAAAGGGCGCUGCAAGAGGACCGCUGCUAAAAUAGCGAUGAAGUUCCUGCAUGCGAUGGCUCAAGACAUCAGUCACUCGACUGAAGAUCCUAAAGCCAGCGGUGACUCCAUUACCAAAACACCAGAACAAGCGACAGAGGACAGAAGUUCUAAAGAGAAAAAAGUACGCAGAGGUUGCAAGAGAAAGUACUCCGACAACGAUGCCGCAGACGACGUCGACUUUGUUCCAGAUGUGGAAGAAGAAGUGGAAAAUGUUGAGGAAGACGAUGAAGAGUCAACUGACUCUGAUUUUAACGACAAGAGCUGCCACAGCGCUUCAAACACCAACAUGGGGAAGAAUUCAGCCACCAUCAUAAUGAACCCCGUUUGGGAUGCCUUUGAUACAUACAAGUCAUUCCGUGAGGAGAACCUCAGCAGCUGGAUUUUUCCGGAGUGGAUGCCCUCCUCCAGUGCUUGGCACCAGGUGUCUCAAAGUGAACUGGAGACAUAUCUACCUAAGGAACUUCUUUCAGCAGCUUUCAAAGUGUCAAGGGAAUCUUGCGCAGAGGAGACGCCUCUGCGUAGACUCAAAAGGUUCGAGGCACUACCUUCUCACCAGGACCGUUGGGACAUGCACCUGAAUGCGGGCGGGCCAGUGUGGGCCAUGGAGUGGUGCCCGACCCCCGAUGGGGCUGUGGCCUCGCAGUACUUGGCUGUGGCCUGCUACAGAAACAUGGACGACCAGCACUACCUGCACAAAACCUACUCUGGACCGGCCUUGGUGCAGCUGUGGGACCUGGGCUUGCUUGAGUAUGACAGCAGGCCAGGCUCACAGCCGUGCCUGGCCUACGGCAUGGUCCUGGACAAAGGUUUCAUAUGGCAUCUGAAGUGGUGUCCAGCAGGAGGAUGGGAGAUGCCCUCCAAAAGGAAACAGGCUCCUCUACUGCCCAGACUCGGUCUUCUGGCAGUAGCCACAUCCACUGCUGUGGUCACCAUCUACAGUCUGCCCCAUCCUGAUGCACUGAACCCCAGCUGGAGUUUUCCAGACUCCGGUGACAGCAGCCAGUGUGGAGCCAUUUACAAGCCUGAUCCUGUUCUUACCCUCAAGAUGGGCUCCUUGAAGUCGCUUCGUCUUGAGCAGAGCGGACAGGUUCUGUCCAUGGACUGGCUGCCUGUUCAGCCACAUGACGUCAUCGCUGUCGGGUUCUACGAUGGUAUUGUGGGUCUGUGGGAUCUGAACACAAAGUCGCCAUUGUUGCGUGUUCAGGCAUCACUUGACUCUCUGACCCUUCUGCCGUUCAAAUGUUUCCUGGCUCACGACCAUGCCGUGCGCGCUCUGGUUUUCUGUCCUGCCAAUAGAAAUCUUUUAGCGUCUGCGGGGGAGGACCGCUUUUUGAAGACGUGGGACCUAACGAGGCCUUAUGGGCCAGUCACGGUCCAGAAACGAUCUGUGCCCAGUGAGGUCUACUGGCCCUUGAAUGCAACUGGACUUUUUUGGGCCGAGGACAACGCUUUUGUAUCAACUUUCUCUCAAGGAGUACAUUACUAUGACCACAAAAUGUGCUCCUACUUUGCAAUCCCCAGGAUGAUCACGAUGUGGUCCAUUUCUUACUCUGAUUGGCUGAACAGUGUGGUAUCAUCGGACUUGCUGGGUGAGGUCAUUUGUGCAGCGUUGCCUCCAAUUAGUAUCGCUAUUCACUACCCAAAACGGACGGUUGAGAAAAGAUUUCCCAUCUACUUCACCAAGAUGGAGCUUCACGAAGACACUAGAAAGAAGCAGGAUGGGCCGACGGAUGCUGGCUGUGAGGAGGAGGAGGAUGAGAAAGUGGAAGUGAAGGGAGAAAAAGGCAGAAAGGUCAACGUUCCUCAUCUACAACCUGAGACCUACAAAGAGGCUGAAAAGAAGUACUACCUUCAUUACACUGACAACAACAUGAGCUUUGGGAGGAAGGGAUGUCUGUGGAAGAAAAUGCAGAAAACUGAGUUCAAGAGCAAGAUUGACAUGGACCGCUUGCCUUUGUCUGCGCUGCACAAGGUGCGUCUGAACCCCAACAUGAGCUCUCACACGUGGCUGGCGUCGGCGGGCCAGGCCGGCCUAGUCCGACUAAACUGUGUUAGGAGCCUCAACAACUCAUAUGUUCACACCACCAUCAGCAAGUGCCAGGCCGAGUUUGACGCUGCACACCCGUCGACGAGCGUGGAGGAGGAGCAGAAACGGGCGGAGGACGCUCCUCUAUGCGUGGAGGAGGAGCAGAAACGGGCGGAGGACGCUCCUCUAUGACCUCCGCUGUUGGCAUAGCCAUGCUAACUGGAGAAAGACUUUGAUUGCAAUCAACUAAAGAGGAGACAUUUGUUUUUAUAAUCUGCAUAUGUUUUUAAAACAAAGUCAGAAUUCUUCUAAUCGAGUCAGGCCGCAGCUGCAGAAAUACUUGAACUUUUUUUUAAACCUUCUUUUAGCAGCAGUCUUUGAUUGCACAUGUACAGAUCAAGCCUAGUGUGUUUAUAGCCAUUAUUAAACGUUUGCAAACAUGAUCAGGGAACAGGAAUACAUUACGUUAUUCUCUCAUGUAUAUGGCAUGUGUCUUGUCACCAGGAUGUUUCUUUUUCUUCAGCCAAGCACUUCAAUAAGACUGAUUUUGUAAAAUAGAAAUAUUUGGUUUUGUAAUCCAGGUGAUGAAUUAAUAAAGAUUACUUAUUUCAAA